AGAAUCCCAGGGACAGGGGAGCCUGUUGGGCUUCCGUCUAUGGGGUCGCACAGAGUCGGACACGACUGAAGUGACUUAACAGCAGAUUAGUGACCAUCAGUAUCUGGUAAUGUCAUAAUUGAACAUUAUAUGUCUCCUGAUACACGUGUGCAGCUCCAUCCAUGAAGCUAUCUUGCCAACAAACACCACACAUAAAUAAACAAAGGCCUGAAUCUGCUCCAGACUUUAGAUCUAACUAUAAUUUCACAGGAAACAUAAGAGACAGUGGAAUAUAUUUUCUUAAAAAACAUUAAAGGAUGCAGUCAGCAAAACAUAGACUGUGGGAAACUUAGUAGGUAAAAAAAAAGUUUCUUCACUUAAAAAACAAAUAAUACAAGAUUUCUCAGCGGGUGAGAAGGGCAGGCAGGGCAGCUGCCACUGCUGUGGCCCGAGAGCGGGGCCAUGGAGAAGCUGCUGGGGGUCCUGAGUGUCCAGGACAACAAGGAGCAGGGCCUGACCAUGCAGCUCCUUGAUGCCUUAUCCCUUAGUUUCAACACCAGGCUGAAGUGGUUUGCAAUGUGCGUUGUCAGCGGCAUCUUCUCCAUCCUUGGAACUCAAUUGCUGUGGCUCCCUGGAGGCAUAAAGCUUUUUGAAGUGUUUUAUACCUUUGGAUAUACUGCUGCCUUAGCCAGUACAUGCUUUUUAAUGGGACCCAUGAAACAACUGAAGAAAAUGUUUGAAACAAUGAGAUUGCUUCCAACAAUUAUUAUACUUUUGUGUUUGGUGCUCACACCGUGCACUGCUUUUUGGUGGCAUAAGAAGGGGCUGGCUAUAUUAUUCUGCAUAUUGCAGUUCCUGUUGACGACCUGGUAUAGUCUGCCAUACAUCCCAUAUGCAAGGGUUGUAGUAAUUGAGUGCUGUUCUUCUCUCCUGAGCUGAAAGCUCUUUGGUAAGAGGGAAACUUUUUGAAAAGACCAUUUGAAAGUUGGUGUUCUGGGUUUUUUUUUUGAUGUUCUCUUUUUGGUGAAGUGUACUUUUCCUUACACAGUAUUCACUCCAGAACAACUUCACUGACCAUCUAAGACCAUUUUGUAUAUUGAUAAAAACUACAUACUGAUUAAACUGUUAAAUGCUUGUGACAGUAAAUUCAUUAUAUGUCAUUAAUCUAUUCAUCCAGAGACAAGGAGAUUUUAAUCAUUGCCAACUGUAAAUGAUUUUUAGCCAGUUUUAAAAUCUUUUCUAAACAGCAUUUGGGAUGUGAAUAUUUAAGGAUAAGCCUAUGCUGCAAGAUAUAUUCAGCCUUUUUGGUGGUUUUUAAGUGUCUACAUUUUUAAAAAAACUUUUUAAAAUAAAAACUUUAAAUGUGAAAGUUUUUACUUUAAGCUAAAAAUUGCUUUAUUAUAUGUAAUAAAAAAUAAUAUAUAAAUCUUCAUAAUUUUGAAAUAAACUCACACUUGGGAAGAACAAAGAGCAAAUUACAAGAUAAAAACAGAGAGAAAGAAGGGCAACAGAGAGAAAGGAGAGAGAGACUGAAACACUUACUGAAGAAUUGCAGUGUAUGGACCUUAUUUAGAUACUGACCCAAACAACCGCAAACUGCCAAAAAAAAAAGGAAAAAAGGAAGACAAAUGAAGGCCAUGGAGGAACUGUGAACACUGGAUAUUUGAGAAUAUAAAAGGAUUAUUUUUAAUGUUUUUAGGUGUGGUACUACCAUUGUGGUUAUGUAUAUAUUUUUAGAAGAGUCCCUAUCUUUUAGAGAUACAUAGUAACAUAUGUGUAGGUAUAUUGAUGUAUUCUCUAGGAUUUCUUCAAAAUAAUCAAAGGUGGAGCAAAAUUGGCAGUUUAUUUAUACCUGAUGAAGCUAGGCAAUAGGUACAUUGGGAAAUUUAUACCAUUCACUCUAUUUAUAUGUGUUUGAAAAAUCCCAUAGUAUUUUUUUUUAAUUAAUGGAAAUCACUAAAAGAAAUGAAACAUCAUAACUUCCAAACCAGUAUAGGGUGAUGGGAGGACAAGAGGACCAGGAGAAAAAAAGCCCAGAAAACCUUACCCAUCUAAUAGAGGUAGGAAAGAAGGAAAGGAAAACAAAAACAGUUGCCCAAACAGUAGUCUCCCAGUAAAUGAAAGUCCUCUAGCAAGCCUUACUUAGCCAUGCUUAGACUCCAGAAAUCUCACCUCCGAAGUGAAAGCGCUUUUUUGGAACUAGGACACUGGGUUCUAAUCCUGAUCCUCCCUGUUGUAGCCAUGAUGCUCUCUGGGCUAAACUGUGCGGAAUCCUCAGGCUGUAUAAGAACCCAGACAUCCUUUGGGCAUUGGCAGCUUUGGGACAGCUGCCUGGGACUAGAG